UCGAGGAGAAGGACAUUUUAGUACCUUGCAGAAUACGUCAAGGGGAGACAUCUGGCAUCUUCCUGGCUGCGGUGAUUUUGUUUGCCCUUGAGUGGGCCAAACUGAUCAGAUUUUUAACUCUUGAUCUCGCCCAAGGACAGUGGAGCGUUCCCGGGUGGAGUCCCUAUUUCUGACACCCAACGGGAUGAGGAGUAGAAGAGUGUUGCAUGCAGAGGGACCAGCAUAUGCAGAGGCCUGGAGAUGCGACUGAGGAGCAUUCAGAAAACCUGCGGCGAGUCUGCUGUCUGUGGGGAACAUUGCGAGCGGAUUAGCCAUAUGUGGAAUGGCAGCCCCCGUACAGCUGGGCCCGCAUUCUGAGGGCCCUGGUAGCCAUGGAGGGUUGUUUCCAUGGCUUUAAAAGCACUAAAGAGCCCUGCACAGGGUGUUGUGACCUUUGAAGAUGUGGCUGUGGACUUGUCUCAGGAGGAGUGGGAGCUUUUCGAUGAGACUCAGAGACUCCUGUACCGUGAUGUGAUGCUGGAGAACUUUGCACUUGUGUCUUCACUGGGACUUGCAUGUUCCAGGUUCCAUGUCAUUGCCUCACUGGAGCUGGGGGAGAGACGUAGGUGCCUGACAGGGCAGAUGUGACUCCAGCCACAGCAAGAGGGGCCCGGUCUUGGGAAGUGGAAGGUGGGGGUUAGCUCACCAUUAGGGCUGGGUUCAGAUCAUACCAGGAACCUUUCCAGUGCCUAUCAUUGUUUUCAUACCAAGAACAGGAGUCAUAGCUUAUCUCUGUCUUUUAAUCCCCCUUGACAUUUUAUCCACUUGUCAUUUCCACUCUGACAUCUGGCUAGGGCUAAUCCACACCUAUCUAGCCUUCAAGUCUCCCCUGUUCCUCACCACUGCUCCCUCUGAAGUGCUUCUCCAACACUGAGCUACACAUAAUGAGUUGUGAGAUGUAUACAUAUCCUAAAUAGUCCUCGAACACCAGCUACUCAGUUGCAAUUGACUUUCCUUUUCAUUCAGUGCUUGUGUCACCAGCAGACAAGUCUCUCUUGAAAGCCAUUUGCAGAGAAGAGAGCUGGAAACCCAAUUUCUCCUUCCUGUGCUGCAUCCCAUUGCUGUGGCAUUUCUCCACAGUAGACUACCCCAGUGUAUGAUCUUGUUAGGCUCAGUACUGCACAGCAGACCCAUUCUCACCUUAGCUUUAGUCCCCUUGUCCUCCCAAAAGUCCUGUGUACUCAUUACUGGGUUUGUAAGACAGACAUUUGUGAUGAGGCUGCCCCCUCCCACCAAAGUCUACGUGUACCUCACUAACAUUUCUCUGCUUUCAGGUUUUUGGUUUCAAAUGGAAGCUGAGAAGGCAGCUUCUCAAGGCGUGUCACAUCUCAGGAUUCCCAAGGCAGGUUUGACCACCCAGAAAGCCUACUCUUGUGGGACGUGUGGCCCUGUCUUGAAAGAAAUUUUGCACACGCCUGAGCUCCAGGGCCUAAAUCCCAGUCAGAAACUGCACCCAUGUACGGCAUGUGGGAGACAGCUCUGGUUCAGUAUAAGCACUUACCAGCAACAGAAGCAGCACAGUGGAGAGAAACACCUCGGAAGGGAUGAGGACUUGCUUGUUAAGGACUGCUGGGUCCACAUGUCAGAGAAUCCCUUCAAAGGUGGGGAUGGUGCAAAGAACCUCCUGCCUAGCUUGGGCCUUCGCCAACACCAGACCACUCAUAGCAUGGGGAAUUCACCCAGAAGAACUGAGUGCAGGGACACCUUUCACAUUGGAGAAAGGCAUUAUAGGUGUGAUGAAUGUGGGAAAGCCUUUAGCCACAAAAAUAGGCUUGCUGAGCACCAGAGAGUUCACACUGGAGAAAGACCUUAUGAGUGUGCUGAAUGUGGAAAAUUCUUUAGUCAUAACUCCAGUCUUACUGUACACCAGAGAGCUCAUAUGGGUAUAAGGCCUUAUGAGUGCAGCGAAUGUGGGAAAGCGUACAGCAAAAGCUCUCACCUUCUUCAGCACAAGAAAGUUCACACUGGAGAAAGGCCUUAUAAGUGCAGUGAAUGUGGGAAAACAUAUAGCAGAAGCACCCACCUUGUUAGGCAUAAAAAACUUCAUAUUGGAGAAAGGCCUUAUGAAUGCAGCAAAUGUGGGAAAACCUAUAGUAGCAAACACACACUUUUUCAACACCAGAGAGUCCACAUUGGAGAAAGGCCUUAUGCGUGCCGCAGAUGUGGGAAAUUAUUUAGCUGUAACGCUAACCUUAUUGUACAUGAGAGGGUUCACACUGAAGCAAGACCUUAUGAAUGCAGUGAAUGUGGGAAAUUCUUUAACUAUUACUCCAACCUUAUCAUACACCGCAGAAUUCAUAUCACAGCAAGGCCUUAUGAAUGCAGCAAAUGUGGGAAAGCCUUCAUCUACAAACACAGACUUAUUAAACAUCAGAGAAUUCACACUGGAGAAAGGCUUCAUGAGUGUAAUGAGUGUGGUAAACCUUUCAGACAGAAAUACAGACUCGUUCAGCACCAGAAAACCCAUACAAAGGAAAGGACUUAUGAAUGCAGCGAAUGUGGGAAAUUCUUUAGGCAAAGUUCUGGCCUUAUUGAACACCAGAGAAUUCACACUGGGGCAAGACCUUACAAGUGUAGCGAUUGUGGAAAAUCCUUUAACCGCAAAAUCACACUUGUUCGGCAUCAGAGAAUUCACACUGGAGAAAGGCCUUAUAAGUGCACUGAAUGUGGGAAAUUCUUUAGCCAAAGCUCUGGACUUAUUGCACAUGAGAGAGUUCAUACUGGUGAAAAGCCGUAUGAGUGCCUAGAAUGUGGGAAUUUUUUUAGCCAAAGAUCCAGCCUUGUUUUACACCAGAGAGUUCACACUGGUGAAAGGCCUUAUAAGUGCAAUGAAUGUGGGAAAGCCUUCAGCCUUAAAUCCACACUUGUUCAGCACCAGAGAAUACACACUGGAGAAAGGCCUUAUGAGUGCAGCAAAUGUGGGAAAUUCUUUAGCCGCAAGUCCAGCCUCAAUAAACAUCAGAGAAAUCACACUGUUGAAAAGCAUUAAAGUACAGCGAAUAUGGGACAGCCUUAAGCUAAUGGCCUUUCCUAAUUUGGUACUAGAAAGUUUAAACUGGAGAAAGGCCUUUGGAGUACAGGGUAUGUGCUAUCUGGUUAAUGUGAAUGAUACCAGGGAGCAGUUCUGAGAGUAGCCUUUAUGAAGUAUCCAUAAAUCAAAAGUUGUAUUGCAUACAUCUGAACAUCCACAUUGGAGAGAUUCCCUAUGAGUGCUGGGUAUGUGAGAAGCUUUUAGGACCUGCAUUGUACUUUCUGACCUGCCCAAGACCCUUGCCUCAGUUAAAUCACUGCUGAUACCUGUGGCAGAAGCUAUCUCACCUCUACCAGUUGGCAAAUGUGCAUCAGGUUACCCAACAUACUCAGGGAAGGCAGAUCUUUGUACUCUCCCCUUCUCUGGAAGAAAUAAGUGGUCUAAAGUCAUUAGAGUCCACCAUAAUUACAUUUACACACUGGAGGUGAUUAAUAGAAAGUUGGGGUGAGCAAACUAGAGAGGAUGUGUCCCAUCUAUUUCUAGUGGUUCUAUAUUCUAUAAAUAUUCUUUUCACCACAGCAGUGAAGGUCGAGAAUGUAAGAUAUCCUUAGGAUUUCUAGAUUUACAUCUCUCCUAUGAACAAGAGCAGAGCAAAUCUUAAAAUUUUCUGGAUUCCUGAGACGACUUAGGCUACUUACCUCAAAGCCACUGUUUGUUACUCAGUUAAGAAAAUGAAGACUGAGAGAAAAGAGAUAUUAUAUUCCACGGAUGUGAAUCACAAUCUUUAUUGCUUGCUAGUCUCCUUUCAUUGAAGCAGGGCUGCCCCACUGGAGGUAUGAGGAUAGUUAUGGUCAAGACAAUAGAUGUUCAUCAGAUCUCCCGGUUUUUCGGGACUUUUACGUAGAACCAUUUUUUAAAAGCUAUAUUGAGAUAUAAUUGAUGUUCAGUAAACUGUGCACAAGUAAAGUAUAAAAUGUUUUAUUGUAUGUAUACACCCAUGAAACCAUUACCAUAACCAUGAUAUUGUAUAUAUCCAUCACCCCAAAGUUACUUCAUUCCCCCUUUACUGUCUCUCCCUCUCUGGUUCCUCAUUCCCAUGGUCAUUGAUCAUAGUGAUCUUUCAUUAUAAACUUUAUUUUCCAGAAUUUUAUAUAAAUGGAAUUUUAAAAAUG